GGUACUCUACUAUGUGGCACACUAUGGGGCACACCUUCGAAUUUGACACAGACUUUAUUUAGGAUAGGCAUAUUAUUAUUAUUUUCGGGGCAUUUAACAUUCAUGUGUGCGUUCAAAAUGUAUGUCGUCGUACUUUUGUUCCUUUUUGCGACACUUUCGACGGUGGACAGCGAGAAAUGGUCGCUGAAUUACAUCUACACUGCCCUGUCAAGGCCAGUAGAAUUGCCUGGUAUCCAUGAGUUCACUGCCAUGGGUCUGAUGAACAACCAACAGAUCGAUUACUAUGACAGUGUGUCAAAGAAGAAGAUUCCCAAACAGGACUGGAUGAAGGAGAAGCUGCCAGCAGACUACUGGGAAAAAGGUACUCAGUCACGCAAGAGCAAGGAGCAGUGGUUCAAAGUCAACGUCAACAUCUUGAUGGAUCGCAUGAGGCACAACAACACCGAUGUCCAUAUUCUUCAGUGGAAACAUGGCUGUGAGAUUGAACAGCAGAUUGACGGCACAUUGAAUUUCAUAAAGGGCACCGACCAAUACAGCUAUGAUGGUGACGACUUCCUGGCCUUUGAUGAUGCCACUAUGCAGUGGGUGGCCCCAGUUGAUCAAGCUCUGCCGACUAAGCGGAAGUGGGACGGGGUGCAGAUCCUCAACCAGUACACCAAGGGAUACCUGGAGAAGGAGUGUGUGGACUGGCUUUCCAAAUUCAUGGAAUAUGGGAAGAAGCAUUUGAGAAUGGAUGAUUCCCCUCCAAAGGUCUAUGCAUUUGCUAAAAAGGCCAAAACUGCAGGACAUGUCAGACUGACCUGCAUGGCCACAGGUUUCUAUCCCAAAGAUGUAGAAAUGCAUAUUAAGAAGAAUGGUGUUCCAUUAACCAAACAUGAUGGAGUGCAGUCUACAGAAGCCCUACCCAAUGAUGAUGACACCUACCAGAUCAGGAUGAGUGUGCAGAUCCCAGAGGCAGAUAAGGAAACUUAUGAAUGCUCUGUCAGCCAUAGAGCAUUGAAGGAACCAAUUGUGGUAAAAUGGGAUGGGAAAUGCUGUGAUUGUACCCAAGUAACAGGUGUUAUCAUUGGUGUGGUUGUUGCGGUGGUCCUCCUGCUCACCGGGGUUAGCUCACUGUUGGUUCUUUGGAAGAGAGGCAAAAUAUUUCCUGGUAAAAAAGGAGCUCUACCACCUACUGGGAUCCAGGCACCUCUAAAUGGCAAUGGAAAUGGAGCAGCUGUUUUGAACAUGCCUGUGAAAAAGGAUGACGCUAGCAGCACUUCCUCUGACUCUGUUCAAGGCAGCAACGAACGUCUUGAGAGGGAGGCAAUGCUGACUAAUGGAGGUAACAAUUUAUCCUUGAGAAAAUUCAUAAAGGAUGACGCUAGCAGCACUUCCUCUGACUCUGGUCAAGGCAGCAACGAACGUCUUGAGAGGGAGGCAAUGCUGGCUAAUGGAGUGAAAAAGGAUGACGCUAGCAGCACUUCCUCUGACUCUGGUCAAGGCAGCAACGAACGUCUUGAGAGGGAGGCAAUGCUGGCUAAUGGAGAGGAGGUUCCCCCUGAGCAGCAGCACUGUGAGCAUGAAGGUGCUCCAGUCUGGGGCAGGAGGACCCAGAACCGACACAGAUUAAAGAGGAACAGAAGGAACUCAAGACCAGCCCUGAGGAAGUGCAGCUUCAAGCUGGCCUACAGAGACAUGUCACUCUUGCCAGGGAGAGACCCAGCAAAUGCCCCUUCUGCAAAAACCGCUACAACUCCACCUGUCAACUCAAGGCCCAUGUCCCACUCUGUUAGACAGCAAAAACACAACCUGCUGCAGCUCCUCAGUACAACCAAGAAGAGAAUGUACUUCACCUACCACUGA